AUGGAUAAUCACCAGCAGCAGAGGGAGGAGCAGCCAUACCUCCUCCAUGAUCACCUCCUCCACCACCACUGGCCGCCCUUGCAGGGCCAACAGCAGCAGCCACUGCAACAUCAACACCAGCUGUAUCCCCUCAAUGAUCAGCAGCAACCGGUUCCGCAAGGCAUAAUUCUCCACGAAAAUUCACAGAAUUUUCUGGAUUCUAUGCCUCGCGGUUACAGGUUUUGCCCCACUGAUGAAGAGCUAAUUGUACACUACUUGAGGAAAAGGAUCGCCAAGGCUCCAUUACCACUUAACAGAAUUCAUGAAGCCAAUGUCUACGGCCACAAUCCUCAAGAACUUACAAUGACGGUAGAUCACGAGAACACCAUCAUCAUAGAGAUGAGAUUUGGGGUUAGAGGGUUUCUCAUUGAUGCACAUAGAUACAUAUCGGAUAGCAUUCAUAACGUGAACGGAUGGUACUUCUUCACCUAUUUGACGAACAAAUACCCCAAAGGCAGCCGUCCCUCUCGAUCAUGUGGAGAUGGUGGAUUUUGGAAACCCACCGGCAAAGACAAGAAGAUUUAUUACAAUGGCAAUACCGUCGGAUACAGGAAGUCACUAGAUUUCUUACUUGGGCCUGGUGAAAAAACGGCUUGGAAGAUGCAUGAAUAUAGAAUUCAUGCAAAUAACCCAAGGUACAAGUCAUCGGAUCCAGUUUUAUGUAGAUUGUAUAUGAACAUAAGACGCAAAAACAAAGAUGAAAGUGAAGGUGACACAGUAGAAUUGAUGAGGGAAAAUCUUGACCAGUGUUUUACAGUGAAUGAAGCUCCCAUGCAGAAUGAGGACAAUGAUUUGGCGGUUGGCAAUAUUUCCUCUGCUGGUUCUACAAACAAUCAAUGUAUGGAGUAUAUUACCAGCACUCUAGACACAGGAGGUGAUGCCAUUUCAAACCAGGUUAUCUAUGAUCUUUCUAGUUUCCAAUUUCCUGAUCAUCCAUUUCAAGAUUUCCAAGGAUACACUAAUUCUCAUGGUGGGCUCGAAGCAAUUACUCAAGAGUUCACUGAACCGUUCCAUUUAUCAAAGGGUACCAUGAUGCCCUCUAAUUUGAGUAUGGAACCGUUCCAUUUAUCAAGGGGUACCAUGAUCCCCUCUGAUUUGAAUAUGGAGGAUGUUUCGAAGUAUGCUAUUGGUGGUACUGAUUUGUCCGACUUAGCAUGGCAAAAUGGUUGUGCUGGUGGUUAUGUCAAUAUGACCUCUCUCCAAAUUGAUGGUGAGAAUUCAGGCAAUAAGUAG